CAAUGGCUUCGCUUCCCUUCCCUCGCGAUCGCGAUCGCGAGAUCGUUUCCUUCCUUCCUUCCUCCUCCUCCCGCGGCGAAGCGAAGCCGGCCCACGCGCGCGUCCCGACGGAGCACUUCUCCUUUCGCCUCUCCUCCACUCCUACUCGCCUCGCCACGCAAGGAAAGGGCAAGGCGGGGAAGAGAAUCUUAUAGACCACCGGUUGGCGUCUCCUCUUCUUGCAAGCACUGGCGAUUUCUUCUUUCUUCUUCUUCUACUUCGCUGGAUUUGGUCGAGUUCGUGCGCUGGUGAUAUUGCUUCAACUGGAUGCGGCUCUACUCAUAUAUAGUCAAUUUGCGGCGAUCUUCUAAACGAAUCAUGUAUUCCCAAUCUAGCCAGUUUCAUGGAGGAUUAACACAGGGUUUAGCACUACGGAAGUGUUCACAGUCACAGUCACCGAGUUAUCAUGUGAAGCUGGGUCCUGUCGAUUGUUUUGUUAAUAGGAAUAUCAAAUCUUCUGAGCGGCCUAGUCUGAGGUACUUUGCCAGCUUAGUGGGUCGGCAAUUCCGUUGUGGACUGUCAGGCAGAGAGGGUAGUUUAAAUAUGAAGAUGGACAUGCAUUCACGCGACAAAUUUUCUAGUAUGAACUGGAAUUGGAGAGGUUUGCACCAUAAAAUUGGAGGUACAGCUGGUGGACUUUUCUUAGGUUUUGCAGUUUCUGGAAUAGCAAACAAUGAGGUUCCUGUGGAGAUAAGCAUAAGUGAUUCAGCAGCAUCUUCCAGUUCAACUCAUGGGAAGGAAGUCUAUACGGAUUAUUCAGUAACAGGGAUUGCUGGAGAUGGAAGAUGUUUGUUCCGCUCAUUGAUUCAUGGGGCAUGUUUUAGGGCAGGAAGAUCCAUACCUAAUGAAGAUCUUCAGAGAAAACUAGCUGACGAAUUGAGGGCAAUGGUUGCUGAUGAAUUUAUUAAGAGACGGGAAGAAUCGGAAUGGUUUGUUGAGGGAGAUUUCGAUACAUAUGUGUCCCACAUUAGGCAUCCACAUGUGUGGGGCGGUGAGCCAGAAUUGUUGAUGGCAUCACAUGUUCUUGAGAUGCCAAUAACGGUUUACAUGCAUGAUGAUGAUGCCGGUGGUUUAAUAGCAAUUGCUGAAUAUGGCCAACAGUAUGGGGAAGAAGAUCCAAUCCAAGUUCUAUAUGAUGGUUUUGGUCAUUAUGAUGCUCUACAAAUUCCAGCAAAAGGGGCUCCCAGUACAUGAUCUAUGAUUUUUUGGAGUUCAAUGUUCAAAUGUGUGAAUGUGGAGGAUCUGUGAUCUGCAAACUGACACUGCCUAUCUUGUUAAAAGCAGAAGAAUCGACCCCCCUGAUUAAGCUUGUCGUGGCCCUUUAUUGUUCGAAUGGCUCUGUGGUCAGGCUUCAUGAACGGACGGAGAUGGCAACAGAUGACAAAGGCAUAUGUUUCUGAAUGUGAAACUGCUGAAAGAACCUAAAUUGAAACCUUUCUGCACUAAUGCUUCUGAUGAAACGUCAGACAAGGCAGCAUAGGCAUACUUACGGGUGACCGAAUCCUGUUUGACAGUUGUUCAUUGCACUGACUGCAGGCAACUAGGUACCUUUAAGAGUUUAAGCCUGUAAACUAUAGCGAUAUCCUGCUUACUGACUUUAUUCAUGCUUUGUGAAUAAAAAUGGUAGGAUAUGAUGUUUUCUUCCUGCCAAAUGCCAGUGGCCACGGGGGUCUCCUGAUGCAAAGCUUUGGUGCCAAUCGUUUUGUUCAGACGUUCUGUUUCGUUGUUUCAUGCGUCUUACUCGAUCUGAACCUGAGCUAAUGA